GACUGGAGUCAGGAAAAUGGAGUGCGUGCGCCCCUUACUUAAGUCACCGCUGCACUUGUCCUUGACUCGUUCCUCUUCCACGACGGCGACGUUCACAGCGACCAUUCCUUUUCGCCGGCCAAAAUGCUGACCAGACCAGCAGCAAGAAUACGCGCAGCGCCGUCUGCAAACGCCUCCCUUUCCUUCUCAAGAUGUCGCUCGACCGCGGCGGCGUCUGGCUCGGUCGUGGAUGCCAAGUUGCGCGUGCGCGAGCAUGCGCGGAAUAUAUCGCGCUCGUCAGCGAAGAACGCUACUGCAGCGGUCCGCCCCGCGCCUGCCCCCGCAUUCCAGCAGGUCCCUCCCACCAAAAACAUCGACCUGCCCACCUCCGGCCCCGGCCCCACCCCCAAUUCCCCCCUCGAUCGCACCUUCACUGGCCUUUCUGGCGGCCAGAUUUUUCACGAAAUGAUGCGGAGACACGGAGUCAAGCAUGUCUUCGGCUAUCCAGGCGGCGCCAUCCUUCCCGUCUUCGAUGCCAUCUACAAUUCCCCCCACUUCGACUUCGUCCUUCCCCGCCACGAGCAGGGCGCCGGUCACAUGGCGGAGGGCUACGCGCGUGUCUCGGGGAAGCCUGGUGUCGUGCUCGUCACUUCGGGGCCUGGCGCGACCAACGUGGUCACGCCGAUGCAGGACGCACUCAGCGAUGGUAUUCCGCUUGUCGUCUUCACCGGUCAGGUCGCCACCUCGGCCAUCGGCUCGGACGCCUUCCAGGAGGCGGACAUUGUGGGCAUCUCGCGCAGCUGCACAAAGUGGAACGUCAUGGUCAAGGAUGUCGCGGAGCUCCCUCGGCGGAUAAACGAGGCAUUCAAGAUCGCGACGUCAGGGCGGCCGGGUCCCGUGCUAGUGGACCUUCCGAAGGAUGUCACGGCGGCCAUCCUGCGCACGCCUCUGCCAUUCAAGGCGACAACUCCCGGCUCGAACCUCGAACUUCCGUCAAACCCUCUGGCCGUCUUGGACCCACCAACUGACACGGAGAUGAUCCGUCAGGCUGCUGCUCUCAUCAACCAGGCGCAGAGGCCCGUGGUCUACGCCGGUAACGGUGUUCUCUCAUCGCCGCUGGGUCCCAAGCUCCUCGCGCAGCUCUCCGAACUCGGCGAUAUACCAGUGACGACGACUCUCCUCGGACUCGGCGCUUUUGACGAGACCAACGAGCGGAGUCUGCACAUGCUUGGUAUGCACGGAUCUGCGUAUGCCAACCUCGCUAUGCAGUCCGCGGACGUCAUCAUCGCGCUUGGGGCGCGCUUUGACGACCGUGUCACUGGCAAGGUCGAUACUUUCGCCCCUGCUGCGAAGGCCGCCUCUAUUCAAGGUCGCGGUGGGAUUAUACACUUCGAGGUCCAGCCCAAGAAUAUCAACAAAGUCGUCGAGGCCAACAUUCCUGUUGUCGGGGAUGUCAUCACCAACCUUGGCGCGAUGGUGCCCAUGAUCGAGAAGAAGUCACGUCCGGAGUGGCAUGCGCAGAUUGCCUCCUGGAAGUCCGAGUACCCAUUCACCUACGUCAAGGGCGACAGCGAAGUUGGGCACAUGAAGCCGCAGGAGGUGAUCGAGGAGCUUGACCGCCAGGUGGCGCACAAGAAGAGCGACGUCGUGAUCAGCACAGGUGUGGGCCAGCACCAGAUGUGGGCAGCGCAGCACUUCAGGUGGACGAACCCGCAGCAGAUGGUCACUUCCGGCGGGCUGGGCACGAUGGGCUUCGGCUUGCCCGCGUCGAUUGGCGCGAAGGUCGCGGCGCCGGAGAAGACGGUUAUUGAUAUCGACGGCGACGCGUCGUUCAGCAUGACGGCGAUGGAGCUCGCCACCGCGUCGCAGUUUGGCAUCGGCGUCAAGGUUCUCGUGCUCAACAACGAGUUCCAGGGUAUGGUGUUGCAAUGGCAGGACCUCUUCUACGAGAACCGCUACUCGCACACACGCAUGACGAACCCUGACUUCUGUCUGCUUGCGGAGGCGAUGGGUGUUCACGCGAUUCGCUGCACCAACAACGCCGAGCUGCCUGCGAAGAUGAAGGAGUUCCUGGAGUUCGACGGCGACAAGCCCGUGUUGAUGGAGUGCGUGGUCGAGAAGAACGAGCACGUCUUCCCCAUGGUCCCCGCAGGGAAGGCGCUGCACGAGCAGCUCCUGCACCCGACGCUGAGAAAAUCAAAAGCUACAUGAUUGUUCUGAUGAGUAGCGCCUAUCUACUUACCUAUUCUAAUAGUCAUGGAGCAUCUAGUAUUCCCACUGUAUAUCAUACUCAUACUCAUUCGGCCGAGGGACAACAUGUGUAUUAUCAACCUUAACGUUCGCUGUUCGAUGUGUGCCCUACUACGUACGCUGCUUAGCCACCGCGCGGUAGCGGAAAACCACUUACUUACUUCGCUGCGGCGGAAACCUACUUACGACCUGCUUAUGAUGUUUUCUUGGCAUAGCGGUCCCCGAAGAUGUACAUGGCAAUGCUAUGGUGCAUAGUGAACUGUUAUCAGUAGCCUGCUGAGUCUGGGGGAGCCAGAUUCGAACCGGGCGCACAUCAACGAUUAGAGUCUGAGCGCGCCUCCCCACCCGAUCAUCAAUCCUGUAA